AUGGCUCUGACCGCAGCCCCGAAGGUCCGCGCCACCCUCUUCUGCCUGCUGGUGGGCGCCGCGCUGGCCCUGGUGGCCGUGGUGACCGACCACUGGGCCGUGCUCAGCCCGCACCUGGACCCGCACAACGCCAGCUGCGAGGCGGCCCACUUCGGCCUCUGGCGGCUCUGCACCCAGCGGAUCGUCGCGGGCGACGGCCGGGGCCGGGGCUGCGGACCCGCCACGCUGCCCGGGGAGAAAAACUGUUCCUACUUCAGGCAUUUUAACCCAGGCGAGAGCUCGGAGAUCUUCCAUGUCACCACUCAGAAAGAGUACAGCAUCUCGGCCGCGGCCAUUGCCAUCUUCAGCCUGGGCUUUGUCAUCAUGGGAACCAUCUGCGUGCUCCUGUCCUUUGGGAAGAAGCGGGAUUACCUGCUGAGGCCGGCAUCCAUGUUCUACGUCUUUGCGGGCCUCUGCAUCUUCGUCUCGGUGGAGGUCAUGCGGCAGUCGGUGAGGCGCAUGGUGGGCAGCGAGGACACCGCGUGGACCGGGUACUCCUACUCCUGGUCCUUCGCCUGCGCCUGCGCGGCCUUCGUGCUCCUCUUCCUCGGGGGCCUCGCGCUGCUGCUCGCCUCCCUGCCGCGGAUGCCCCGGAACCCGUGGGAGUCCUGCAUGGACGCCGAGCCCGAGCACUAG